AUGGCUCGAAUACCUUUUGAGGACGAUUCCAGGCUUACAGCUGAUAAUGAUAUGGCUGUAGCUUUAAAUAAUGCAAGGAUGGAUUUACAAGCAAGAACUUGUGUCCGUUUAGUGCCAAGAAAAACAGAAAAAGAUUAUGUACUUUUCACAGAUCUUGGCCAAAAUGUUGAAUGUUGGAAUUUGUUCGAACCCCUUCCACCUAAGGGACAAGUUUUGGUUAAUGCUGGGCCUUCCUGUCUUGAACCAAUGAAACGACCACACAAACCAAAACGUGUUUUUUCUGAAUGCGAUAUAGAAUAUGUUAAUCACCUCUAUAAUUGCCCUAAAAGGCGAAAACCUUCCCCAAUUUGCCCAACUGGCCGUUUAAUUAUGUCUAAACCAGAUGAAUAUUUUGAACGUAAUUUAAUUACUACAACAACUGAAAGACAAUUAAGUAAUGAAGAAAUAUUUUCAAUUGGAGAAGGAGGGGGAAGAGGAGGAAAUGAAGAAGAUUAUUUACCUUUAAAUGAAAAAGAAGAAAAAGGGAAGAAAUUUAAUAAUAAAAAUGUUGAAGAAAAGGAAGAGGAAGAAGAAGAUAGUAUUAGGGAAAGACCUUAUAUUUCAAUUAGUAUUGAAGCUGAAGAAACUGAAGAGUUAGAGUAUUCAACUAUAACUACAGAAUUACCAACAACAACAAUAGCAACAACAACUAUUUAUCCUGUAACUGAAAUUGAAGAACAAACAGUAACGGAAUCUAAUAAUAUUGAAGAACAAAUAGAAAAUAGUACAGAAUUAAUUGAAAUACAACAAACAACAAGUAAAACAACAGAAAAUUAUUUGUCUACAGAAGAGGUGUUGACUACUUCUAGUACAUCCUUAGCUAAUUUAGAAGAAGAAAAUAAUUUAUUAAUUACUUCGCCUGACGAAGAAAAACUAACAACAGCAACUCCUUCUUUUAGCACUUCAUUAGAUACUUCUUUAUCUACAUUCGAAACAAAUAUUCCAAAUCCAACAAAUAUCGUCGACAUACCUUCAUCAAAUAAGUUUGGAGAAUCGUUAGGGGUUAUGGGCAGACAGCCAUAUCCUUUGAUGAUGACAUUAAUUAGAACAACAACAACCACAACUAUUUUACCUCCAACCCCUGAAUGGGUACGUUCUGUAGAAGAAUCUUUUUUGGCUGGAGAACAAUUAGGAGGGGGAAGUGGAGAGAAAAAAGAAAUUAUUGGAGAAAAACCAAACGGCGAUGGAUGGAGAAUAUUAAGCACUAUUGGACCACCUCCACCAAUGCCUAUACCUCCAAUACUUCCCCCCUUUCAACCUUUACAACCAUUUCAACCUGUUGGAGAAGAAGAAAAAGAAAUUAUUUCUAAAAUUGGAGGAGGAAGUGGGGGUUCUAAUCCUUUAGACCCGUUGCCUAUUAAGCCUGGAGUUAUUGGAAUUAGAAAUGGUACUCGAAUAAAUAGUCAAGAAGAAGAAGAGGAGGAGGAAGAAAUAGAUAAAAGUUCAAAUUUAAUUGAAAAUAAUAAAGGCCCAAAACAAAAAAUCUCAGCUUUUCUUGGAGUUAUUCAACUUCCACCUGGAGCAGCAAUAAAUAUUAAAGAAAGAACUAAACCUCAAAUACUUAACCAUUUCUAUACAACCGAAAGAUUAGAACAACAUUUAAUGGGAGCACAAGGAUUUGUAAUGGAACCAUCAAUGGGUUAUUUGGGUAAAAACCAAAUAGAUCCAAAUUGUACAUGUAUUAGACCUCUAUAUAGAUUAUAUUCUGAAUUUGCUAAAGAUCAUUUUUUAACUUCAAAUGAAGACGAAAAAAAUAUUGCAGAAACUUUAUUGGGAUAUUCUUUUGAGAGAAUACUUGGUUAUUGUACAAAAGAACCGGGAUGUGGGGCUUAUUUACCUUUAUAUAGAUUUUAUAAUGCUAUUAAUAAAGGUAAAUAUGGGGAAAUGCAUUAUUACAAAACCCAUUCUGAAUUAGCUUUUGGGUUUGAAAAAAUAGAAUGUUAUGUUUGGCAAAAAAGUUCAAGUUCUCGAGGAUGUCCAGCAUUAACUUUAGAAAUACAAGAAGAUGAGGAGGAAAGGAGAAGGGAAAAUGAAGAAAAUAAAUCUAUUAAAAAUGAAAAAGAAGAAAAUAAUAAAUCUUUUUCUGAUGAAAAUAUUAAAUUAAAAAGAAGAAGGAGGAAGGAUUAA